CGUCGCUCGCUAAAAACAUUUACAGUCGUUGAUGAAUUUCGCGUCCAAAAUGAUAAUUAUGGACACGAUCGGGAGACUCCUCAGCAGCAAAGCUGCGAUGCUUUCCUCGCCAAUGCAUCUGCCUAAAUUACUCACGACAGAUGCGAAGUUAUGUCGCUGUAAUUCAGCUGUAAUUGUUUAUUAAGGUUAGCCGCAGCAGCAGCCGCAGCAGCCGCGGGGAGGAUGCUGAAUGAAGAAAAGAAACGCAAUAAAAGAGGCGAAAUGAAAGCAUUACGGAAGAUGGAGCAGGUUCUCCAGAACGUGGUUGCCAUGGUGAAGGAGCACCCAGAGGGGAUCCCACUGAAAAAACUAUCCCAGUUCUACAACCAGACGUAUCACAGCAACCUGAGUUGUCGUGACCUGACAUUCGACUCCCUGGCCAGCUUAGUAGCAUCUCAAAGGGAUUUGGUCGUGGAGGGGCAACUGGUGUUUCACAAGGACCACCGUCGUCAAUGUCAGGCCGACGCUGAAGACGGGGCGUCCGCAAAACCAGCAGCGUACAGCAAAGAGACAGAGAGCGUUCUCAGAAAGGUCGUCUCCAUGGUGAAGGAGCAUCCGGACGGAAUUCCUCUGAAGACGGUGACGAUAGCGUUUAGUCAGAAAUACCGCCGAAACCUGAGCCUCGCUGCCGUGGGGUUCAAGACCGUCUCCUGCCUGGUGGAAGCUUUGAAAGAAGAUUUAGUGGUGAAAGGGGAAACGGUGCUGCACAAGAUUUACCUGAACGAAAAGCAGCUUCCAGGUGAAACAGCAGCAAAAGCCACAGAGGACCACAGGCCUGCAACACCUGAGUUUGCCACUUGGCCCCGGCAGGAAACAAGCCUCCACAGACUGGGAGGAGCGAGUCUUCUCAGCUCCCCUCUGAUAUCCUCGGCCUCUUCAUUCUCCAGCCACUAUCUUACUGGUAACCCGCUCGUUGCCGCAGCCCAGCCAGCUGAACAACUGACCCAAGAGCAGCUGUACAAGAGGAUAAUAGAGGUGACCAAGAAGUACCAGCUGAACGCUCCAUCGAUGGACCAGCUGCAAGCCUGCUAUUCUCUUCACUUCGGUGAGCCGUUUCCUCUGGUGCAGUACAUGUCUCUGUAUGACAACAUGGAAGUUAAGAAGCCGCCUCUGCAGCCCGAAUCAGCGGUAAAACCCCAAACUAGUGCAAAGAAGACAACUGCAGAGCCUGAAAAGGAGGCGCCAACAGCUGCCGGCCCCAGCUUCCUCAACGGAUCGGACUUCCCGGCGCUGGGAGCAGUGGCGAGCCCGACCAAAGAGCAGCGGAGCAAAGGGAGAGACGCCAAGCACAGAGAAGCUUACCACGCCCAGCUGAGAGAAGUCCAUGGAGGUAAUAUGAGAGCGAUGGAGGCCAUGGAGGAGGAUGACGAGGACCUGACAGGGAGGAGGAGGAACAGGGCCGUGGACCCGGAUAUGGUCAACAAUCUGAUGCAGAGAGCCAUACAAGAAAUCGCUGCUGAUGGAGAGUUGGUCACCAAGGAAAAGGUGAUAUCCCGAGUGCACAGGACCAUUCCCUCUUUGGACCCUGGAAAGCUAAAACACUGGAACUUACCAGCUCUUAAAGACCUACAGUACCUCAUAAGAGAGGUCAAUAUGUUCAUAGAGUCCACUGAGGCAGUGACAUCCAUUUGUACGCUGUACGAGCUGGGCCAGUCGCUGGCCGGCCUGAAGAACAAGAAACACUACGAGGAGCUGAACCUCGGGCCUCUGUGCAAACUACCCAACAUAUACCGCUUGUUCAAAAUGGACAGCAACACAAAGGAUGAUGACAUCCGGGAGAUCGAAACCGUCGACAUCCUAAAGCACCUUAACCAAUAUAGGAGGAAGCAGGGCAACCAAAAAGUGGACCCGCCUGAGUUCUUGAAGUAUCUGGCCGACAACUACAACUGUGAUUCUCCGUACGAGCUUGGCAUCAGGAUAACUGGCUUUGGCCUGCCCAUAUCGACACUGUCAAAGGUGAAGCGUGAAGAGCACCAGAUCCUGGACCGCUCCAGAGACAUCAUCCAGAAGGAGCUGGAGGAGGAGACGCUCGAUCGCAUGAGGAAAGUCAAGAAGAGCGUUUUAGAGUCCCUGCGAGGCGCAGGCGUCUUCUCCGCUGCAGGAAGCAUGGAUUUGAGGAAGAAGUACGCCUCCGUGCUGGCGUCCGACGUCGUGCUGGAAGUGUUAUCGAACGCUGCAGGAGUGUUCAGUCCCAGAAUGGCCAAGCACGUGGAGAGCUUCCUGGCUCAGGUGUCCAACGACCGUCUGGCCAGGGCUCUGUUUCAGCUGGCCAUCUGCGGAGGCUCGCUGGCCGUUCCACAAGACAUUGUGCCCAAAGACAAGGCCUCCAAAGGCUCAGAAGCGACGAAAGCUGCAGACAGAGACUCCAAACCCCUCCCCAGCGAAGCUAAAGUGAAGCAGAGUGUCCGAGACGGCCUGGGUGCUCAGAGCUCAGCCGUCACUCUGGCCCACAUGGCUACUCUGGAGAAGAAGCUGACCAAACAGUUCCACGUCAAAGAUUUCCUCGCUUUAGAGCAAGGCACUUUCCUGGACUUCCUGGUGAAGCACAUGCAGAUGCUGCAGGAGAUGCUUGGCUCUUUUAUCAUCCUGGGAAACAACAUGGAUGUGGCUGGGACUGGAUUCAGGCCCAGCAGACAGGACGUGUUUGAAUUCAUCAAACAGUGCGGCCACGUAUCCUCCACGGAUCCAGAUGAACUUUCUCAGAUUGAGUCGGCGCUGAGGUCCCACUACAGACUCCGGGACAGUCGGGACCUGGGCUUCGGCGCCCUGCACAUGCUGGUCGGCCUCGUCCAGCGGCAGAGGGAGCUGGCCGGAGGGGGAAUCAGCCCAGUCUUCUACGAGUCAGCCCUGCUGGCCAAAUUCAGCAAGACAAGUGCUGACUGUGGCUCUGAGUCGGUGGGGCGCCUGGGCGAGGUGUCCAAGGCCCAGGCUCUGGCCAGCCUGCUCUCCUGCCCCCUGCUGGAGGAUUUAAGCGACUGGAGUCUGUGGGAGCUGAUCUUUAAACCCGUUCAUGGCUCCCUCAAAGAUUUCAUUGAAAAAAACGCAGCCAGCACAGGUCUGGCAGCGUUGGAGGUGACUCCAGGUCUGCUGCUCAGGAUCACCACAGACACAGGAGAGAAACACUUCUCCAGCUCCGUCUCAGCCCUCAACCCCAUCGGCGCCGCGGGGCAUCUCGUGUCCAUGGUGGUCGCGGACGGUAUAGACAACGCCCCCACAGCCCUGCUGGCCAAUCACAUGGAGCGCUCUCUGGCAACGGCCGUGGCCGAAGAAGAUCUGCCCCAGGCUGAAUAUGAUACGGCGGGUUACAGAAGAGUCGCCAAAUUCCUUCUGGACUGCUUGACACGAAUUCCCACCAGAACCUGCCAAGCUCUUCUGCAGCAGGUGUUCUUGGAGCCUUUCUCCCGUGUCCUGGGCCAGGCCAAGUCCAAAGAGGUCCUGAUCACAGUGGCUCAGUCGGAGCCCAGAUACCUGAACUGCCUGCAUCGCCUGGGGAUCCUCCUGGGCAUCACCGACUGGGUCAGGGACUACCAGAAAAAGCUGAGUCCGCCUCAGGGCCAAAACUAUACUGCAUACGGGGCCCCUGUGGACCUAAACAAGUCUAACUUGAUAGAUUCUGAGAGCAGCAGUCUGUCGGCUCUGAAUACGAGUGAAGAUGAUUUCCUGGAAGAUGACGUGAUGGACAGCAGCUUACACAACCUGAACUCACAGCAAGUGGUUAAUGGUGACCGAACCAUUGACAGUGAGGAGGAAGACGACGAUGCGCAGCUGUACGAGCUGGCCGACCUUCCCAACGGAGAGACGUCAGACAUCAGCAGUGAAGCAGACGGUGGGCAGGCUGAGGAUCAGCCCGAGAAGUCGGACCCUGAUGACAACGAUGCUGCCGGCUGCCAGUCAGAGACCUCGGCCCACUUCCACAAAUCCAUAAUUGAAGACAUCAGGAAGAGUGAGUUUGGCGUCGGGGUGGAGUUGACUCCAGAAGGCCAGAAGCUGAUGCAGGUUCACCAGGAGAGACUGGGCCGCAGCUUGGACCGACUCUCCACUGAACUCUACAGCAAAGACACGCACUUCGUCCUGGAGCUCAUUCAGAACGCCGAUGACAACAGUUACCCGUCGCACAACGGUGUGGUUCCAGCGCUGGCCUUCGUGGUGGAGAGAGACUGCAUCACCGUCCUCAACAACGAGAGCGGCUUCCAGAAGGAGAACAUCAAGGCCAUCUGUGACGUGGGCCGCAGCACCAAGGGCAAACACAAAUAUGGAUACAUCGGACAAAAAGGAAUCGGCUUCAAGUCGGUGUUUAAGGUCACCGACUGUCCUGAGAUCCACUCCAACGGCUUCCACUUGCGCUUCGACAAGAACUGUGGCCCCAUGGGAUAUAUCCUCCCCCACUGGACCGGAGACGAGAGGCCUCUGGUUGCGCAGCUCAAGGACAUAAAUCAGCACAGCUGGACCACCAAAAUCAGCCUCCCUCUGCGCUCCGGGUGCCAUCAGACCAGAAACCUGUUUCAUGACGUUCAUCCCUCCUUGCUGCUCUUCCUGCACCGCCUGCGCUGCAUCACCAUCUACAAUCAUAGUGAGAAGCGUCUCGUGACGAUGACUCGCAAGGACUACAGUCACAACGUGCUGGAGGUGGAGCAUACAGACGGCCUCGAGCGCUGGCUGGUGGUCAAAACCACUUUACAUCCCAAGAAGAUCAAAGAAGAAGUGGAGUCGACGGAGCUCGCUCUGGCGUUCCAGCUUGGCAACAACAUCUCAGAAGGAGAUCUUUCAUGCCAGCCUCAGAAGCAGCCCGUGUUUGCCUACCUGCCCCUUCGCAGUUUUGGCUUCCGUUUCAUCAUCCAAGGUGACUUCGACAUCCCUUCCUCUCGGGAAGAUGUUGACCGAGACAGCUCCUGGAACCAGUGGCUCCGGUCUGAAAUACCAGGACUCUUCCUCCAGGCCAGGGACGUCUUUGCUGAUCACCCGGAGUUCAAGGGUCUGAAGGGCCUCUGCCACUUCCUGCAGUACAUCCCGCUGCCUGAUGAAGUCCUGGACUUCUUCAAGCCCGUCGCCGGGCAGAUCAUCCAGCUGCUGAAGGGAAAGGCGUUCCUGCCCACACUCAGCUCAGAUGGAAAGGUUGUGUACAAGCAGCCGUCCCAAGUGGCCGUCUGUCAGGACGCCGUGAUCCGCAAUGUGAUUGGAGGAGACGAGCUGGAGAAGCACCUUUCCCUGUUUUAUCUCCAUCCGGGGCUGAGCCCCGCUCCGCCCACCUCCCUGCUCGCUCACCUGGGAGUCCGAAACCUGCGCGGAUCCGACGUUACCAUGGUAACCACGGCAAUGGCAAAGGAGCUGGUGAGAGCAGAGGGCCUCCAUUCAGAUGACGGCCUCCGUCAGCUGGCCAGGCUGCUGGUUUGCAACUUCCGUGCCAUGGAGCACGGCUACGGAGAGGCCGACUCCAUCUUGCAAAACCUCAAAGAGCUACCCAUAAUCCCUCUGGCUGAUGGAUCUGUGGUGACACUAAGUGGGGAGGGAGUUUUCUUUCCCAUCGAAGAAACCAGGGCUAAGAAAAAGAAGACUCAAGCUCAGACAGGGCCGCUGUCUGCGCUGUACAAGGAUGUGAACGUGGUCCACCCGUCCCUGCUGAGCUGCCUGGAGCCUCUGGAGAACCAGCAGGUCCGAGAGCUGCUGAAAGGACUCGGCGUUCAUGAGCUGGAGCCGCAGGAGCUGCUGGAUCAGCACAUCUACCCCACGAUAAGAAGCGACAAAUGGAAGUCAAAGCCGGAGUCGGUGGUGGUGAGCUACCUGGUCUUCGUGAAGCAGCACUCCUCCUCCAGCCAGGAGUACGCAGACAUCGCAGUACCUGUCCUCACCUGCAGGGGCCUCGCUUGCCCGGUCACCCAAAGGGUUCACUUCUCUGAAGAGUAUAGCAACAUCAACCUGCCGAAGAAGCUGCCUGGCUGUGACUGGGUCCUGCUGAGUCCCUGCUACGUGCAGACCGAUGGAGAUGUUGCAGGAUGGAGGGAGCUGUUCAGCCGGCUGGGAGUCAGAGACGGCCUCAUCAUCCGUAAGGAAAGACGAACUCUGACCGCUGAAGAGCUGGCCUCCAGUCCGUGGUCAUCUGAAAGUGCAAUGUGGCCCCAGCGUCCGGGGGAGGACUGCGUGCUCGAUGAUUACCCCUGUGAGGAGUUUCAUGCUCUGGCCACGGCCCCCCUGCCCGGCCCCCUCCUCCUGCAGCAGAGGGGGGCUCUGCUGGAGCUGCUGGAGGCCGACUGGGACACCGGGCAUCGCUACUCCCAGUACCUGACGGCCCAGGUCCUCGACGGCGAGGGCCGACCCGUCAAGAACACCCGCUCCUCCUUCUACCACUUCCUGUGCCGCCUGGAGUGGGUGCCGGCUUACCGGGCGCAGGAAGGACAGGAGCAGGAGAGGAAGUUCCUCCGCCCGAGCUCGGUGUAUCUGACGUCACCUGAAGUCAGCGACCUGCUGGGAACUCACGUUUAUUACGUGGACAUGGACUCCAGCGACUUCAGCAGAGCUCUAGGGAUGAAUGAAACGGUGUCAGUGGAUGUUCUGAUCAAGUACCUGAAGGAAUGGUGCGUGAAACAGGAGAACCAGGACCAGGACCCGCCCGGAGACGAGUCAGAGGGAGCAGAGUUUACGUCGACGGUUGAGCACAUCCGCAACAUGUACACGUUUCUGCACACCAACUGUCCCCAGAGCACCCUGAAGGAGCUCUUCCAGCACACCCCCGCCGUGUUCGUGCAGAGUCACAGACGUGACGAGUGGUGCUCGGGACGCUUCUACCACCUGAAAGAAGUGUGCUGGAGCGACACGACGGGCAUGUUCCAGCGUUACAGGCCGCUGACCCAGAGCCCCGACAGUCCCGUCCAGGAGCCCAGAGUGCUGGCUCCUUUCUACAGCCAGCUGGACGGCAUGAGGGACUUCUUCACCAGGCUGCUGAACGUGGACGCCAGCCCCACCAUGAGACAUUACGUGGGUUUGUUGGAGCUGAUCUGCUCCACAGCUCCCAUACCGUCAGCUGAGGUGCUGCAGGACGUGUCUGUUCUCUACGCCAGACUCGCUCAAAAGUGCAAACCUCCGGUGUCUGGAGAGCAAGAAAACAUUUACCAGAGCCUGAAUCACAGUUACUGCUCCACUCUGAAAGGUAUGGUGUUGGACAUCAGGGUCUUCCCUACCAAGGACAACUGCUGGGUGAGUCUGGCGCGUAAACCCAUGAUCAGCGACGACAGAGAGGUGGAGAAGAUCUUCCGACAGCACAAGCAGGUGUGUCUGCUCAACCUGCCGCCAGCAGAGAAGAAGAGCGCUCCGCGGGGCAAGACCGUUGCAGGAGACGGAGCCCUGAUCCCCGCCUUCAACGAGAAGGACAGGCUGUUGUUUCUAGAGAUCUGCGGCGUCCGCCGGCUCUCCGACUGCGUCAGAUCUGAGGCGCAGACAGAGAGCCUGAGGCCGUGUCCGUCCAUGCAGGGCGUGGUGCGCUCGGUCGUCCCCUACGUCCAGAGGUUCCUCUACGACCACGAGGAGCUUUCUGGCGUCUACUCGGAGCUGACCGGGAGGAAUAUGGCGCAAAAAGUCAAGAACCUGUCCUUCGCACAGGUGGGAAAGCUUUACAUGUGCUACCAGCUGGACAUCGCUGAGGGCGAAGACCCGCUGAUCGAGCUGCAGGACGUCUGCUGCCUGCUGAAGGAUGAGAAGGAGUUCUACAUCCAGAAAGAUCACAUCUACGACACGCUGGAAAUCUGCAGUGAGCUGGUGAAGCUGUUCUGCACAGAGAGCAGCCACAGGAAAGAGCUGAGGCGUUUCCUGAGCAUGCUGAUAACCACGCUGGAGGAACCAAAAGCCCUGAAGAAGUUCCUGGCCAAGGAGGACGUGAAAGAGCUGCCCAGUGACGAGGAGCCGUGGGAGGUUCCAGAGCCCCCCAGACCUGAGGGCCUGCUGGACCCCGGCCUGUCAAGGAGUUUCUCCUCCAUCACCCUCUCAGAGGAGCCAGCUCACCCUAGACCGGCAGACGGGGAGCAACUGCUGGCCUGCUGGCCUCCGCGGGCAUCGAUGCAGAACACAGGAGGCAGCCGUGCAGCUCAGACGAGCAGCGGCGCCGUGGAGGCCGUCAUGAAGAUGUGGCCCCCCCCUGCUGCUCCCAGGGACCAGGACCCCGACAGGGACGUGGUCUCCAGAGCAGGAAGCAGUGAGGAGAGCCAGGCGUUCAGGAGCAGCAGCAGAGCUGCAGAGCAGCCGGGCCUGCAGAGGGUCUUCAGCCACCCGGGACAGACCAGCAGCUCCCCAAAGCCUCCAGAGCUGGGCCAGCAGAGCGGACCCGCCGGGCCUGACGGAGCUGGGGGUGGAGAGCGGAGCCUCCCACCUGCCGGACCACCAGCCAGUCCUCCAUCUGCAGCGCCGGCCGAGGCGGCCGCCGACCAGCUGGCGCCCAACAGCCUUGACGUCCCCGAGGCCGUGGUGCUUUCUGGGACUUUCCAGGGAACUUCAGUGGAGGCCCAGCGGCCGCCGCUGAACCUGCACUUCCCCCUGUGGAACAAAGCGCAGCCGCCGACGCUGGAGGACAUGGAGCUGCGCUGCCAGAGACCUUCCACCGUGGUGCUGUCGGAGGACUCGAUGGACGUGGCCGCCAUCGGCGAGUGGGGCGAGCAGCUGGUCAACUCCUUCCUGUGCCACUGGAGGGACGGCGCCGACCCGGACCGGCCCUCCCACGUCCUGUGGUGCAACCAGAGCGGCGAGAGCGGCCAGCCCUACGACUUCAAGCUGACCUUCGGGGCGGCGGGGCCGGUGUUCGUGGAGGUGAAGUCCACCGUGAAGAAGGAGAAGUCCUUCAUCCAUCUCUCCGCCAACGAGCUGGACCUGGCGCUGAAGGAGAAGGAGCGCUACCACGUCUACCGGGUGUACAGCGCCGGAGACGCCCAGAACGUUCGUCUGUGUCGUAUCCAGAACCUGGCGCAGCAUCUGCACGCCAAAGACUUGGCACUUUAUCUGUUUGUAUAGCCAUGUUUUUAAAUCUGUGGAGUAUUUUGCACUAAACUGGCACACGACACACUGACAUCUCCACCCCACCUGCCUAUCGUACCGGUGUGUGUGUGCCUUUUUAAAGUUUAACCAUCUAUUUUAUUUACUUUAAAGUGGUUUGUGGCCGCACUGAAUGUUUUAUCCUUUUUAUUAACGCCCAUCUUUACUGAAUCAUUCCUUUUAAAUAAAAUCAGUCUUUUGCGCA